ACAGACACAAGUCAGAGACAGACACAGAGACUUUAACUGUAACACAAAGGCUUUUACACACAGGAUCUGACCACAGAUCAGACCCAGAGCGACUGGGGCUGGGGACACUGGGCUGUCCUCCUGCUCCCGGUUCAGAGUAUUUACUUUACGGUAACCCAAGCAUGAGGGCUGUUAAUUCCAAUCCGGACUCAGUUGACGCGUCAGAGACUGGCAAUGAUCCGUCUUGUUCUUACGCUACAGAGAUGGACCCUGGCAACAUGCGAUUGGGUUUAGAGACACACACUGAUCUGUCUACAGGGGACUGGAACCGGUACAGUAGUAGUGUAUACUCUGAAGGGUGCCUAGAUGAGAAAGGGGAGGGUCUGGUUGUAGAGGAAGUGACUGUGAAAGUGGAGGGCGACGUUCUUCCCACAUGGAAUGCAGAUAGUCACCUAGGAGACUUACACUCACAGGGCAGAGAUUUCUUAGAUUACAGGGGAAGCUUAGAGACCAAUCAAAAUGUUGCCACCCACUCACCUUUACAGGCACUAAGGGAUCACGAACCAGUGUCCACGUCGAUGGGGCAUUCUGAUUCACACGGCCGCGUCCUUUUCGAUCAGGUAUUGAAAUCAAACGACAGGGCUAGAGCCCAGGUUCAGGAAGGGGGAGAAACAUUAGGCGGUAGUAAAGAGAAACGGUUCCUCUGCAGAUUCUGUAACAAAGGCUUCAGCUGUCCCCAGAAGGUGGAGAUCCACCAGAGGGUCCACACAGGGGUGAAACCCUUCAGUUGCAUCCAAUGUCCCAUGCGCUUCGCCCAGGCUGGCAACCUGAAGAGGCACCAGAGGGUCCACACAGGAGUGAAACCCUUCAGCUGUACCCAGUGUCCCAUGUGCUUCGCCCAGGCUGGUGACCUGAAGCGGCACCAGAGGGUCCACACAGGGGAAAAACCCUACAGCUGUACCCAGUGUCCCAUGCGCUUCGCCCAGGCUGGUCACCUGAAGAUGCACCUGAAGGUCCACACGGGAGAAAAGCCAUUUGCCUGUACACACUGCGGGAAGAGGUUUUCGGAGAGGAGCUACCUCAGGAUACACCAGCAGAAAAAACAUUCCACUCUAUAAAAUACAAAGUUACCAUUCCAAUCGAUAGCUUCUGAUGUUUAGAUCCUACCCUUCAUUAAAGACAAAGAUUAAUUGUCAUUGUUGUCAACGGAAAAGACCCACAGAUGCAUUUGGAAUAAUGAGAGUAACAAAUUUCAGUGUUUAAUAUACCUGAGUAGAAUAUUGCAUCCAGACAUUGUGUGAUACAUUGUAUAAUACUGUAUGAAAUACUGUAUAACCCUAAAAAAAAGUAUGUUACAUAGUGUUUGUACUGUGUAGGAUAUGAUGUUCACAAAUGCCUGUUUCAUUACUUCCAUUCAACUACUAUUUCUUUCCCCAAGACACUUUUAAUGAGAAAACGAAUGCAGUUUAUUAAGUUCAUGCAGAGGUUUAGUUGAGACGUGUAUGUGUGGUUUUCAUAUGGUAUAUUUAACGAUUUCCUCCCGUGAUUGAUCUUUUUCUGUUGUAAAGUGAUAUCCCAAGUAUAAAUACAAUAGAAAAUGUUGAGCAAAAGUUUUUUGGAACACAACUGCAAACUUCAAGGAGUAGGGCAUUCAAUGAGUUGGUUUGAUAGGAAGUUGUGAUGCUAUCGGCCUAGUGAAUAAAAGAGGAAAGGCCCACCCACUUGUGCUAUGUCCUGGACCACCUAUUGAGAUGUGCCUUUUUAGUAAAUCUGCUGUUAAAUGAGGUGAAAAGGAGACUGGAUUGCCACCUUAACACUUGUUCAUGUUUAAUAAACACAAAAGUAGACUUUUCA